ACAACCAGCCAUGUGCAGGCAGACGCACUCACCCGACAUUUUAAAGACCAAUUAAUAUGCUUUACCUUAGUUACAGAACUGGUGCUAUUAAUAUAAAAUUUGUCCGUUCUGAACAGACCAUUUGGCGAAACCACUUCCUGGAAUACACCGGAAGUGACGUCGCGUGUUUAUUUGUGACGCUGCAGUGGCUCCUGCCAGCCGCUGGUCUCCUCUUCCUUUUGCCGCGGAUCGGAUCUCCAGUUCUUCCAGUUGACAAUGCAGCGUAUGGGGCGUCACUUCACACGCGCCGCAUCCCAGCCUUCCAGCACGCCACUUCCAUCCAGCGGGGUUGACGCAGCAGCGGCGGCGGCACGAUGCCGUCUGACGUGGAGUACAGCCCGGUGGGAGAGGGGCUGGGGAUGCGGGACUUCUGGAUCUACGUGUGGCUGCGCAGAGCAGCUUUGAUCGUGGCUCACGUCACCGGUCUAGGCCUUACCGUCGUCAUCUCCGUGCUGUCCAGACCCGGAACCAGUCUGUUUUCUUGGCAUCCGCUGUGCAUGUCUGUUGCUUACUGCUUGUGCAUGACUGAAGGCAUCCUCCUCUUCUCGGCUGAGGGCACCAUCUUCUGCCUGAAGUCGCGGAAGAACAAAGUGCGUUUCCACUGGCUGUGCCAGGCCCUGGCGCUGGUGGCGGCGGUGGUGGGACUGGGCUUCAUCCUGGCCAGUAAGGUCGUGUCCGAGCUGCCCCACCUGGUGUCCUGGCACAGCGUGAUGGGCUGCUGCACCCUGGCCGCAUCUCUGCUCCAGGCCGGCUGCGGCGCCUGCCUAGUCUUCCACAAGCAGCUGCGGGUCUUCUCAUCCCCGGCCAGACUCAAACUCUACCAUGCCACCUGUGGCCUGGUGGUGUACCUGCUGGCCACCGGCACCAUCAUGCUGGCCAUGCUGUCAGACUGGUUCCAGGCCACGGUGAAGGGGGCAGCUUGGUGGCUGAUGGCCAUGCUUCCCCUCUUCCCUGCCCUUGUGGCCAUGAACCAGAUCACCAACGCUUACCUGCCUCGCAAGAAGAUAAGCAGCUAGGCUGCAGACAGAUCACGGUGCAGAGUCGGAACGGGAAACGAGUUUUCUAAGCUUUUGAUGGAGACUGUUUUCACACUUCAGGGAUUCAUUGAGUUCUAAGCAGAUUUAUGUCCAAACAUGUUCCUAUCUGAAGUCCACAGCCAGUACCUAGUGGUGAGUGGAGGAAAUGCAACAUGAAGCUCUUAAGCACUGAAUCAUUUCUGACUCUGUGGAUGAAGGCAGAGCCUCUGAAUGUGUUUUUGUACCGCUGAUGCAGUGAAAGCAAUGAAGGCCGACCGGAAACCUGACAGCAGCUUUUAGAUUCCUGAUCACUUUAAAGCUGCAGUCUGUCACUUUUAUAAAGAAAAAGUAUUUUUUACGUAUUUGUUGAAACUGUCAUGAAGUCAUGACUGUAUAUGAGACCAAUAAUCUGUAAAAAAAGAAUCAACCUUCUCUGCUUUCUCCCAAUGCUAACUAGAAAUAACCUAUCAGUGCCAGAAGGAAGGCCUUAGCAUUCAACUAGCUCUGCUGCUAGCGUAGCCUGUUGUGAAUGCUAAGGCUAGUUAGGAUGGCCACCGAAGGAUAAACGGCUUUUCUGUACUGGGAAGUUGUUUAUCCGGCAUUAGCACAUUUAACAGAAUAAUAAGAUUGAUUGACAGCGCUAAGGCACGCCUCCUGGCUCUGAUUGGUUGUUUUUGGUCGGGAGCAGUACAUUUCUUCAGAAAUGGCAGCUCAGAGAGGAAGAGGAGGAGAGAGAUUUUUUCACAGAUUAUUUGUCUCAUAACAAACUCAUGAUGUGGUGACAGUUUUAAUAAAUAUAGAAAAAAAACUGUUGACAGUUCCCUUUAAUUAUUGUUUAAGAGGUCGGUAAAAUAAAUAGAACUGGAUGGAUUAGAUGAGAGUUGUCCAAAUUGAGACCCGAGGUUCAUUUGUUGUCCCUUGUGUCGCCUCCCAACUGAAGUUCAAACCACCAGCACAGGAGUGGAUGCAGACGGAGACAUUUUAUUUUUAAUCAGGGUAAAAAAUAUUGCAUCAUUUUCAAACAAUGGAAAAAAAAAUGAAUACAACAUAAAGUAUUUGUCUUUUUAUAGCCGAGUGUUUACAAUAUGUAAGCCAGCUUUUACUUAAUUCAUUAAACCUGAGAAAACAUGGCUUGUGUUUUGAAAGAAUGUGACCCCUAUCACGUUCUCAUUACUGGAAAUAAAUUUGUCGAGUGCGAAAGAAACUGAAAUCCCUUUUAAGUUUGGAUCUCCAACGAGUAACGUCCGUUUCAUACAACAAAAAAAGAGAAUUUCUUUAUUCAACGAUAGUUUAUAUUUUCAAUAGUUUCUUUGCCUGCAAGAAGUUCAACUUGACGAUUUUGGCCACUUGACAAAAAGUCUGGACACCCCUGGAUUAGAUGACGUAUGUCCAGACAGGAACUGGAUGUUGUUUAUCCUGUAAGGUGCCUUGAGCUUCGGUUUGUGUGAAUUGGCUUUAUAUGAACAAACUAAAUGCAGACUAACCUUGAAUGGCUCAGGUGAACUUAAUGUACACAGAUCGACCAGAUUUACUACCAGUUUGCUGUAUAGAAAUAUGAAAAAUACUGUUUUGUGAUAAAAAAAAAAAAGUCUGUCCUCAGUUGUUGGAGAAAGAUUUCAUUUGUGUUUUUGUAUUUUCUGCUCCUCUUUCUUUACCUCAGGUUUUCUUUGCCUCUCCACUGUAUAGCACUUUUUUUGUAGCUUUUCUAUGAAUAAAAGGUAAAUAAAGUGACUGGACUGCACUGGUAGAUUUUCAGGACAUUCUAUAUGUGUUAUUAUUAUUAUUAUGUGUCUGAUUAGUUAUCAAUGUUCAAACAAAUAGAAGUAGAAAAUGGGGAAGGUGUUGUGGCACUCGUGAGCUUUUCUGAUCUGAUCAGGAAGCAGCUGCAAGUGUUCCUAUUGUAAUAAUAAACUCUCGUUCAGA